AUGUAUCAACAAUUGAUCGAUAAGUUAAUCUACCUUUCACAUUUGCAACUAGAUAGAGUGGUCAGUCAAUUCAUGCAUAACCUAAGAAAAAUUUAAUUGCAUGUAGUUCAUUGUAUCCUAUAGUACCUCAAAGGACACUAGAAAGGAAUUUAUAUUCAAGAAGAAUGAUUGUAUAACACUCGAAAAUUACAUAGAUAUAUAUUAUGUAGGAUCCAUCAUGUUCCUUCCUGAGUGAGAAUCUCAUUAUGUGAAGAAACAAAUAAUAAAAUGUAGUUGCAAGGUCAAGUGCAUAGGUUCUAUUUCAUGUUAUGACACAAGGUAUAUUUGAAGUAUUAUGAGUGAACAUUAUUUUGAAAGAUUGAAAAAUAAAAAGAGAUAAAUUAAUGGAGCUUCAUUGUGACAACAAAUUAGUCAUCGGUAUUACGCAUAAUCUAGUUCAACAUGGUAGAACCAAACAUAGAAAUUGAUAGUCAUUUUAUAUAAAAAAAAAGUUAAAAAAUAGAGUUGAUAUGCACGUCAUGUGCCUACAAUUGAUCAAAUUGCAGACAUAUUCACCAAGGGCCCAAAGUAAAGUAUUUUGUCAUCUUACUUCUAAGUUGCAAAUAGAUGACAUACAUUUCCUUGAGGGGGAGUGUUAGAAAUGAGUAUUUUUUUAAUUACUUAUGUUGUGUUUUUCUUUAUGGUGUAUUUUUUCUUUUAUUUAUUACAAUACUAGUUAAGAUGGUAUGAACUCAAUCGAUCUAAGUUGAACCAAACUGGUUCACCCUCUUUCCAUUACUAAUGGGUCAAUAUAAAUACAGAAGCCUAGUAACCUUGAAAGACUUGAAUCAAAUUAGGGUUCUCUUAUGCCCUAUUUCGUUAUGUGUCUCUCUCUAAUUCUGGUCAUGCUCAUUCCUACCCUCUAUACUAUAGAGGUGGAAAGGAGAGGAAAGGAGGGAAUGAGGUAGAGAUUGGAGGCUGUGCAUUUUAUAACAUUAUCUACUUAAGUGCCAUGUUGGAAAGGAGGUUCUAACAAGUUUUGUGCACUUCAUUCAGCGCAAUGUUGUUUAUCAAUUAUGAGUUUGAGUGAGCAGCUACUUGGGUUGCAAUAGCUAGAAGAUUCUUUGAAUGCUCAUCAAGAAUGUAGAUGUAGUCAUCAUCAGCUCACACAAUAUUUGUUGCAUAAAAACUUCAUCUUCCAAGUACAUAAUCCUCAAACAUUUGCAUAUCACUUCAAAUGUGAUUGUACUCCUUCUAGAAUACAAGUAAAAGUCUACUUUAAUGCCACUUGUCACACAAUUAAUGUCCCAGCUCUAAAGCACUCAACAUUGGGUAACCUUGGAUGUACCAUCAAUGCCAUUUACCCUCACAACCUAUAAAGUGAUAGUAGAAGCACACAAGAACUAGAAAGAAGGCAUGACGAGGAACAAAGGAGCUCUACCUGGUGACCAUGUCAACAAUGCACCAGCCCAGGCCCAUUCAAGAGAGACUUUUUUUAUUAUUAUUAAUCUUGUAUUUCCUCACGUCAAUUUGGGGACCAUCUAUAUAA